AUGUCAGGUCGUGGAGCUGAAAGUCUCAAGAAACGCGCUAAGUCCAAGUCACGAAGUGACCGCGCUGGACUUAAAUUCCCGGUCGGGAGAAUUCACAGGAUUCUUCGUAAAGGCAAUUAUGCUAAUCGCAUUGGAUGUGGCUCAGCUGUCUACUUGUCGGCAGCACUGGAGUAUUUGGCUGCUGAAAUAUUAGAAUUGGCAGGUAAAGCAGCCACUGACAAUGGCAAGAACAGGAUUUCUCCACGACAUAUUUUGUUGGCGGUGAAAAAUGAUGAUGAGCUUAAUAAGAUGCUGGAAGGCGUAACAAUAUCACAAGGAGGUGUCAUGCCUAGAAUCCAUCAAGAGUUGCUGCCAAAGAAAACUGCCACAAAAACAAAUAAAUCGCACACAAGUGUUGUAUCAUCACAGGAGUAU